AAUGCGGCUCUAGUGGGCGGGGCUCGCUGACGUAGGGACGUGAGAAGGCCGGCCCGGAGCACGAUGGCGGCGGCAGGGUCUGAACCUCUGCGUGUGGGCUUCGUGGGCGCAGGCCGCAUGGCGGAGGCCAUCGCCCAAGGCCUCAUACGAGCAGGCAAAGUGGAAGCUAAGCAAGUGCUGGCCAGUGCACCGACAGACAAGAAUCUCUGCCACUUCAGGGCUCUGGGUUGCCAGACUACUCACUCCAACCAGGAAGUGCUGCAGAGCUGUUCACUUGUCAUCUUUGCCACCAAGCCUCAAGUCCUGCCAGAGGUUCUGGCGGAGGUGGCCCCUGUAGUCACCACUGAGCACAUCGUGGUGUCUGUGGCUGCUGGGAUCUCUCUGAGCUCUCUGGAGGAGCUGCUGCCCCCAAACACACGAGUGUUGCGAGUCUCUCCCAAUCUACCCUGCAUAGUCCAGGAGGGGGCCAUGGUGAUGGCACGGGGCCACCAUGCUGGGAAUGACGACGCCAAGCUCCUGCAGAAUUUGCUGGAGGCCUGUGGGCAGUGCAUAGAGGUUCCUGAGUCCUACGUAGAUAUCCAUACUGGCCUCAGUGGCAGUGGUGUGGCCUUUGUGUGCACAUUCUCGGAGGCCCUAGCCGAAGGUGCCAUCAAGAUGGGCAUGCCCAGUGGCCUGGCCCACCGCAUUGCUGCCCAGACGCUGCUGGGGACAGCCAAAAUGCUGCAGCAGGAAGGAAAGCACCCAGCCCAGCUUCGGACAGAUGUGCUCACACCAGCUGGAACCACCAUCCAUGGGCUUCAUGCCCUAGAGCAGGGCGGCCUUCGAGCAGCUACCAUGAGCGCGGUGGAGGCAGCUACCCGCCGGGCUAAGGAGCUCAGCAGGAAGUAAGCCAGGCUCCAGGGGAGACUAUAGGCUCCUUGCCCAGCUCCAGCCUCUGAGUGGUGAGAAUAACUUGGAGUGGGUGUUGUAGUGUGCUCUCUCCUCCGAGCAUCACGACCAUCAUCAAAGAUGCUGUGACGACUUGUAAGAGACCCUCAAGAUCAAGUCUGUUGCCUGUGACAUUCAGUCAAGGAAGGAGGAGGUGGGGAGGGUCGCUUGGCCCUCAUUUCUGAUACCAGCUUCUCCCUUCUGCACCUCUCAGCCAGUUGUAACUGUCCUAAUUACACAUGACCUGAUGGUCUCAGGAGGUGGUCGAAUAUGCAGCCUGUGGAAGAUUAACUGAAGCGGGAGAGGGUUCCAUCUUUGCAGAUAUGGGGGGCAUCAUCAUCCAUGCUAGCAUGAGAUGCUUUCAUGGUGUGGCUGCUUUGGGGUCACCCACACUCCUGUAAGCAACACCCCAUCCAUGCUCUGUAAGCCCAAUAAACUCAUUGGUUCCCCAA